CACACGACUAACAAUACACCAGAAUAUUAUAAGAAUAUUAUAUUAAUAUAAAACACAUUGUAUUAUAUCAUUGCCUGUAUAGACACAACUAACAACGCAUUGCUUCUGAAAUAAGCAAAUUACACUUGUUGGCGUGUCUUAGUUCGUGUUAUGUUUUGUUUUGUCGAUAAUUCAUAGGCCCGUUUGUAUUUCCAUCACGUAUCUGCAGCAGAAAAGCAGUGUGUGAGGUAACCGUGCUGCUCUGACGUCAUUUACAACUCUCUCUCUUCGCGCCGCAUUUGCCACUGAAUGUGAUGAUGUUCGAAUGUUACAUUGUAGCGCUCAGUUCAUUGUUGUUCGUCUCCCGCCAUUGACGACUGAGUGAUGUAGACCAAUAACAAGCACAUCUGUCACGUAGCGCUAAUGUCAGACGCUGAGAAUAUCGACUGUGUGGCGAGUCAGGUGAACAGUCGCUGAUCCACACGUAGCCUAUAGAGAAACAGCAUGAUGGGGUUACACGAAUUCAUAUGGAUGACAGGUAUACUGAUGGCGCAGGAUCAUCCUUAACCUACUUGCGAGGGAUUUGGGAUCGUGUCAGUACGUGAAGAUGGCGACGGGGACGGGUUGGCAGCCGCCGUACAGCGCUGCUCCGGGCAUCAAUCCUCCCGCUGCUGCUGCUGCUUCUGGAUCAGGCACCAGUCCAUCCUCCACGUCCAGCCAUUUACUCUACGAAUCUGCGCUGACCAUGGAAUACACUCAAGAUCUGCACCUGAAGAUGAGUAAAAAAAUAGCACAACUCACUAAGGUCAUUUACGCCCUUAACACGAAAAACGACGAGCAUGAAGAUGCCAUCCAAUCUCUGAAGGAGGCUCAUGAUGAGGAGGUUCAGCACAUUCUGACAGAGGCUCGGGAGAAGAUCCUUCACUACAAGAGCAAGAUCGGAGACGAGGCCGACUUGAAACGGCGCCUGCAGUCCCUGGAGGAAUCCGUGGAGCUGCACGAACACAUGAAGCGCCAAGCGCUUGCCGACUUCGAGAUGUACCGGCAGCGCGUGGAGGACACGCAGCUGUGCACGGAGGCCCAGCACACACAACGUGUAGUUUCCAUGUCUCGUGAAGUGGAGGAGAUGCGACACGAGUUCGAAGAGAAGUUGCGCUCCUUUAGUCAGGUGCAAGCCCAGUUUGAGCAGGAGAAACGGCGGGCGUUGGAGGAGCUCAAGUCAGUACAUCGACAGGAGGUGCAGGAGCUACUGGAAAGCCAGCAGAACCAGAGUGCAAACUCCAGCCUGGAACAGGAGAAACUGGCCGAGCUGCACCGUACGGAGCUGGAGUCGCUCAUGGAGCGUGUAGAGGAGUUGACGCAGGACAAAGUCAGGCUGGUGGAGGAAUACGAGGCCAAGCUGAGCAAGGCUCAAGGCUUCUAUGAACGUGAGCUGGAGGCCAUGAGGCGAACGCAGCAGCUCACCACAGAGAACUUGCUGGCCUGGAAGAGAACGGAGGUGGAAUUGAGAAAGGAGUUUCAGGUGCAGGAGUCGGCGCUUCAGAGGACCCUUUGUAAACUCCGUGCUGAACUCCACAGAGCUCAGGAUGAGGCGCGGGAAAGCAGGGACAAGACCAACAGACUGCAGGCGUCUCUUAACAAUGCAGAAGUCACAAUUAAGGAGUUGCACAAGCAGCUGGAAGAGGCCAUACAGGAUGGAGAGAUUUGGGUGAUGCAGCUGAAAGAUACAGAAUAUGAGCUGGAGGGAAGCAGAGAUCGAGUUCAGCAGCAGGCCAAUGAAAUCCUUCACAAAGCCAGUCAGAUAGGCUCUCUUCAAGCGACCCAAAUGAGCCACGAGGCCACGAUUAGGGACCUGGGCUCUGAGCAGAACCGUCUGAAGGAGAAGAUCCUACAGCUGGAAGAGGAGAGAGAAAGACUUCAGAAACAGAUUCAAACACUGGACGAACAACAGCAUCAGAAGAUCCUCAACCUGGAGAAGACGCUUUGUGAGGAAAAGCAGAACUAUGAGAUGGAGCUGGCGCGAGUUAGGGCCAAAUACGAGGAGGAAACGGCCCGUCUGAAAGAAAGCCAAGCAGAAUCCGUAGAGGAACUUAAGGAGAAGCACAGAGUCCAGCAGGAAAGCGCUCGCAAUGCUGCUGAGAGAGAGAAGAACCAGUUGCUCAGUGAGAUGAGACAACAGUUUGAUAUCCGCCGUCUGUCAUUGGAAGAGCAGAGAAACCAUCUGCAACAGCAACUGGAGACCAUACGAGAGGAGCUCACUACCAAACUCAACAUGGCCAACCAAGAGGUGUCUCAUUUGAAGGAUCUUGUGAAGGACAGUGAAAAAAAUCUGGAUACUGCUGAGAACCACAUCUCCUGUCUUAAAGACGGCCAAGAAAAGCUUCUCAUCGAGCUGGAUGCCACCAGGGCGAGAGUGAGAGAGACAAGCAACCUCCUCACAGACCUACAAGAGGAGAUAGAGACCCAGAAGCAGCAACAUGAAGCCAGGGUCAUCGCUAUCAAAACAGAGGAGAAACAGAAAAUGGACAAAAUCACAGAGGAGCUGGAUCUCAAGUGGACCGAUGCUCUGAGGGAUGAGCUGAAGGGUCUUCGGGAAGAGCUCACAGCUGAACAUCAGGCGGAGAAACAGGUGGCCCUGACACAACUUUCCCAGCAGAGAGACCUGGAGAUGAUGGCAGCCAGGGAGAGCUGGCAAAGGAAGGUGGAGGACCUGCUGGAACAGAUCUCUCUGCUGAAGCAGAGCCUGGAGCUACAGAUGUCGCAGUCAAAAAGCGCGCUGCAACAGUUGCAGGCGCAGUUCAGCCAAGAGCGCGAGCACCUGGCGCAGCAGCUGCAAGAGCUGGCGAUGGAGCAUCAGCACAGGGAGUGCCGCCUGCAGGAAGCCCACUGCUGCGCCAUGCAGGACAUGGAGGAAGCGCAACAAAUGGAGCUUACGGAGCUUGAGGAUCGUCUAAAACAGGAACAGAGAGAGGAGUUACACGCUUUGAGAGAAGCCCACAGACAGACCCUGGAAAUCCUCCGGCAGCAGUCGGACCAGGAGCUGCAGACGCUGCGCUUUGAACUGGAGGAUGAGGGCAAAGCCAUGCUGGCUUCCCUGCGGUCUGAGCUCAAUCAUCUCCACGCUACUGCCUUCGAACACCUGCGACAAGUCCAUUUGAAAGAGAACAAUGCUGCCAAACGAGAGCUGGACGACACUAUUGAGCGCUGCAAAGAGCAUGAACAAGACCUCCUAGGGCGUAUAUCUGACCUGAGGCAGGAGGUGAGCUGCAGGAAGAACCGAAUUGCCGAUCUGGACCAUGAAAUCCAUUCGCUUAAUGAGACCAUCAGCACCUUGACCAAGGAGCUGGAGCUCAAAGGGAAGGAAGUUCUACGAGUGCGCAGUGAGGCCAAUCUGCAGAUCAGGUACCAACUUAUGGCUCAUGAACAGGAUCUCUCUAAGCGCCUCGAGAGGGAGAUUGAAGAGCUGCACGUCUCUCAUAACAGAGAGACCCAGAUCAUGCUGUCAGAUUUUAACAAAGCUCAGGAGCUGCUAAAAGACAAGAUCUCUGCUUUGCAGAUUCUGUUGGAAGGUACGGAAGAGAAGUUCAGGAAUAGAGAAAGCCGACCGGAGGACCUCCAGGUGAUUGCUGAGCUCAGAGAAAUGGUGUCUGAGAGAGAAGCCCUGGUCAAGAAGCUUGUGGAUGACAAGAAGUUUUAUCAACUGGAGCUGGUGAAUCGAGAGCCUGGAUUCAACAAGGUGUUCAACACCAAUCCCAAUGUCGGGGUCAUAAACCCCCUUAUAAAGCCCUCGUAAGACUGAGGAUUCAACUGUAGCACCAAAAGAACAGCAACCACAAGAGCUAUUUUCACAGUAUUUCUCCUUUUAAAUUUUUCAAGACACUCAACUGAAGAGCAUGUGAAACUGCAGUUUUCAAUAGCCCAUUCGUCUGUUCUUGAUAUCUCACUGUGAGUUUGUUAUUUUCCCUUUUGAUAUGGGCAUUUACUUGAUUUAAAAAUGAGAUGCACAUUCAUUUCAUAUACUAUUCAUAAAUAUGUCUUUUCUGGAUGGACUAAAACUGUUGGAAUACCAAUGUCUUGCCAGUUUUGAAAUAAAUUGCACAGACACUUACAUAUAUAUUUGUAUUAUAUUGUCUUCUUGGAAACUAUAAACUAAAAAAUAAAUAAAAUAAUAAAUAAAACAUUUUUAUCUUAAAUCUAUACUUUAUGACCAUGGUAAAAUGUGACCCUGAACCACAAAACCAGUCAUAACAAUCCUUUUUUUUUUUUUUUUUUUUUUUUUGAGAUUUAUACAUUAUCUGAAAGCUGAAUAAAAAUUUCCUAUUUGAAUAUUUGGAACCUGAGGUUGCAAAAAAAAUCUAAAUAUUGAGAAAAUCACUUUUAAAUUUUUAAAGCUUUUAAUGCGUAAUACUAAUCAAAAAUUAAGUUUUGAUGUAUUUAUGGUAGGAAAUUUACAAAAUAUCUUCAUGGAAAAUCAUCUUUACUUAAAUACAAACAUACUUAAGUACAAAUAUACCCAUGCUACUUUAAGACUGGUUUUGUGGUCCAGGGUCACAAAUGACUGCAUGUCUUAAAAAAAAAAAGUUUACUUAAAUAUUCUGUAAUUAUUUACUCACCCUCACGUCUGUCCAAACUAUAUGUCAUUUUACACAUAUAAAACCCACAAAAAUCGUUUUAACUACUGUUUAUAUGGACCACAAGCUGUCAAAUAUGGCCAAAUGUGUUAUAUUUUCAUUAUAUUGUGUGACAUUUUAAGUCUUUGAACUAGUCUGAAAAAAAAAUGGUGUAGAAAUCAUUUUCACUCAGAAAAACACGAUUACAAAGAAACGGUAAGUAACAAUUUGAAUUAAAUGGGAAUUUUUAAGCAGAAAAAUUGUUUUUUUGUACAGUGUGCCCCAAUAAUCUUACAACUUUGUAUAAACUAUAUGUAUAUGUAUAUAUAUAUAUACACACACACACACAUAUAUAUAUAUAUAUAUAUAUACACACACACA